AUGAUCGCAAAGCCUUGGGCGCUGGAUCAAAAGACCCUUGGUCGCAUUAACAAGCUCCCUCCCGCCCAGCGUGAAUACGGUUAUAUAUCGUACCGUCACUUUUACUACAACUCCUUCAAGGUUCCCUGCUAUAGCGCCUUCACCAUUUACGGCUUGUUCCUUGUCUUGAUCCUGGCUGCUGCCUUGAACAACUUGCUUAAAUGGGGCUUUCCCUCCUUGCACGCAAAGAGCAAGCAGCGAUUGCGAUUGCUUCGCGCGCACGUGUUCGAGCAUCCGCUAGUCAGCCGCAAACAUGCCUCCGUCGUCGCCUUCCCCUUCCUCAAGUGGCUCACGCUUCAAUUGCCGUUGAGAGGUGAAGCUCUCGUGAUUUUUAUCCUGUCUCUCAUCAACUUUCUCCCUCUCGUCGCCUUCUACGACCUUUAUUCGGACCACAACACGCUCUUUCCAGCAGCGACCACUCAUCCGAAGCGCGACCAGAUCUGUCGCCACCUCGCUGAUCGCACGGCUGUGCUUGGCGUGUCGCAGCUUCCUUUGCUUGUUCUGAUGGCUAGCAAGAGGACACCGGUCGCCAUCGUCUCGGGACUCAGCAUGAACAGCUUGAUCCUUUAUCACCGAUGGAUAGCCAGGUGGUUCUGGUUGCACAUCACCAUCCAUGCGGGCGCUUAUACCGCCGGCUAUGUCCGAAGAGGUCGACUUGGAGAAGUGCUCGAAGAGACGUACAUUCGAUGGGGUAUCGUCGGUCUCAGCAUGAUGUCCGGCCUCAUCUUUUUUUCUCUUCGAGCGCUACGGGAGCGUUCGUACGAAAUCUUUGUGAUGCUGCACAUCGCCAUGGCCUUCUUCGCUGUUCUGGGCACUUACCUACACCUCGCCUUGAUCCAGUCUCCCAGAUUCGAACUAUUCAAGGUGCUGACAGAGGUCGCUGCGAUAGUAUGGGGCUUCGAUCGUCUCGUGCGCUUCGCCAACCGUGUGUGGCUUUCCUUCUCUUCGCCUCGUCUGACCAAGACGAUGUCCGAAAAGCCAAAGUCGGCAUUGAUCGAGUGCGCCACAGCUCAGAUCCGCUCGUACGGCAAGGAAUACUCACGACUUCGGAUCUCGGUGCCAUCGAGCAAGCUUCGAUUUGGCGAUCAACAGGGAAGCAAGGUGGGGAUCGCAGGUGGCGAUGAUAUCCGCAUCACGAUCCCACGCCUGCAGUGGGUUGGCGAGCACCCAUUCACUGUUUUCUCUGUUGGCAGAGAUUCGGACGAUGCCACCAAGGGCUACAUCGAUCUACUCAUCAAGACCGAGGCCGGGCUUACGCGCAAACUUGCGCAUCACGCCGACAAAGCGAACGACGUCGAGCUGGCGAGUGCGGACGGGGAAAGGUCGAAAGUCGCUGUCAUGAUCGAGGGCCCAUUCGGCAUCAAGCCCGACGUAGAGCAAGCGACGGACUUGGUCUUGGUUGCCGGUGGUAUCGCGAUCACGUUCUGCUGGCCGCUCUUUGUGGCGGCUGUCAAGGCGGGUGCUACCUCGCGGCUGAAGUCUUGCAAGUUGAUCUGGAUUGUUCGACAUCAACGUACGCUAGCGGUUCUUCAGGAUGCCUUUGAUGAGCUCGUGCGAGAAAUGCACGCCAUCGAAGGACCGAAGCGCUGCCAAUUGUCGAUGGACAUCUACGUCACGUCAUACGACCAGAAGAGCGGAAAAGCAAGCGGGGGAUCCGUUCACACUGGUUUGUCCGAGCCUGACUCAUACUCGAAGGACUCGCCUCUGGAUACCCCUCGACUAGGCAAAAGCGCAACGCCCUCCGAGAAUCUGGUAGAGGGGAUGGUUGAGCUACCGAUGAUGACGCAAGAGACGCAAGCGAGCGACGACAAGGAACAGGGCGGCUUGAUCUCGGAUGGGGAAGACGGCGAUUUGAUCAAGGUUGAUCAUUUCAGCGGUCGACCUGCGGUCUUGGCGGAUGCGCUUUUCGGCCACAUGGAGGAACAGUCGCUGCGAGACAGCAGAGGCUUGACUGUGGGUCUCUGUGGACCGCCAAGCUUGUGCGACGACGUCAGGUACGAGGUGGUGAGUCUGCUCAAGAAAGGCGUCCAGGUCGAGCUGGUCGAGGAUUGCUUCACCUGGUGA